CAACAAGAUGGCUGUCGUUCCUGAGAGCAGAGUCCUCACUUUCAGCGUUUUUAAAUGGAGCUCAUACUCCUCUACGUAUUUACCCGAGAAUAUCUUGGUGGACAAACCUAAUGAUCAGUCUUCCAGAUGGUCUUCUGAAAGCAACUACCCUCCACAGUUUUUAAUCUUGAAAUUGGAAAGGCCGGCAAUUGUUCAGAGCAUCACCUUUGGGAAGUAUGAGAAGACUCACGUCUGCAACCUCAAGAAGUUUAAAGUGUUUGGUGGGAUGAGUGAAGAAAACAUGACAGAGCUUUUGUCCAGUGGCCUUAAGAAUGACUACAACAAGGAAACGUUCACCUUAAAGCACAAGAUCGAUGAGCAGAUGUUUCCCUGCAGAUUUGUCAAAAUAGUGCCUCUGAUGUCUUGGGGUCCAAGUUUUAAUUUCAGCAUCUGGUACAUUGAGCUGCACGGUAUCGAAGAUCCCGAUGUGGUGCAGCCCUGCCUUAACUGGUACAGCAAGUACAGAGAACAGGAAGCCAUCCGCCUUUGCCUCAAGCACUUCCGACAGCAUAACUACACAGAAGCCUUUGAGUCGCUGCAGAAGAAGACCCGGAUAGCGCUGGAGCACCCGAUGCUCACCCACCUGCACGACCGGCUGGUGCUGCAAGGAGACUUCGACGCCUGUGAGGAGCUCAUAGACAAAGCUGUGAGAGACGGUUUGUUUAACCAGUAUAUCAGCCAGCAGGAGUACAAGCCCCGGUGGAGUCAGAUCAUCCCCAAAUGCAACAAAGGUACAAGCGCCCAAGAAAUCAACCGAGACGACAUGAACAGUGACGGCGAUGACAAUAGGCCGGGGAUGAGGGGGGGACAUCAAAUGGUGAUCGACGUUCAGACCGAGACAGUUUACCUGUUUGGAGGCUGGGACGGCACGCAGGACCUGGCUGACUUCUGGGCUUACAGUGUUCAGGAGAACCAGUGGUCCUGCAUCUCCAGAGACACAGAGAAAGAGAGCGGUCCCAGCGCUCGCUCGUGCCACAAGAUGUGCAUCGACUCCCAGCGGCGACAGAUCUACACACUGGGGCGGUACCUGGACUCCAGCGUCAGGAACAGCAAGUCCCUGAAGAGUGACUUCUACCGCUACGACAUCGACGCCAACACCUGGACGCUACUCAGCGAGGACACGUCUGCUGACGGAGGGCCAAAGUUGGUGUUUGACCACCAGAUGUGCAUGGACUCAGAGAAGCACAUGAUCUACACGUUUGGCGGUCGUAUCCUGACGUGUAACGGCAGCGUGGAGGACAGUCGGACAUCAGAGCCGCAGUUUAGCGGCCUGUACGCCUACCACUGCCAGGCUGGAACAUGGAGCCUCCUGCGGGAGGACUCGUGCAACGCCGGGCCGGAGGACGUCCAGUCCCGCAUCGGGCACUGCAUGCUCUUCCACACCAGAAACCGCUGCCUGUACGUGUUUGGAGGUCAGAGGUCAAAGACGUACCUCAAUGAUUUCUUCAGCUACGAUGUGGACGGAGACCACGUAGAGAUCAUAUCUGAUGGCACCAAGAAAGACUCAGGCAUGGUGCCGAUGACGGGCUUCACCCAGAGAGCCACCAUCGACCCGGAGCUCAACGAGAUCCACGUGCUGUCGGGCCUCAGCAAAGACAAGGACAAGCGAGAGGAGAACGUACGCAACUCCUUCUGGAUCUACGACAUCGCCCGCAACAACUGGUCGUGUGUGUACAAGAACGACCAGGCAGUGAAAGAAAACCCAAGCAAGGCCCUGCAGGAGGAGGAGCCGUGUCCGCGCUUUGCACACCAGCUGGUCUACGAUGAGAUGCACAAGGUGCAUUACUUGUUUGGUGGAAACCCUGGGAAGUCUUGUUCUCCCAAGAUGCGCCUGGACGACUUCUGGUCCCUCAAACUGUGUCGGCCCUCCAAGGAGUACCUGCUGCGCCACUGCAGAUACCUCAUCAGGAAAUACAGGUUUGAGGAGAAAGCCCAGUCGGAGCCACUGAGCGCGCUCAAAUACCUGCAGAACGACCUGUCACUGACUGUGGACCACACUGACCCAGAUGAGACCAAAGAGUUCCAGCUGCUGCCCUCGGCUCUCUUCAAGUCCAGCUCUGACUUCAUCCCUCUGGGUUUCUCAGACGUGGACCAGACGUACGCUCAGCGGACGCAGCUCUUCGACACGCUCGUCAACUUCUUCCCAGACAGCAUGACUCCACCCAAGGGCAACCUGGUCGACCUCAUCACGCUCUAGCCCUGCCCCCCCACCUCUGACACCUUCCCCCACUUCCCCCUGGAACCGACUGAACACCGGCCCAUCAGUGCACCCGAUGGGGACGGAGGAGACAGAGACCAGUUAUUUUUCUAUUCCUGAACCCGUCUGGUGGGAUUACAGUUACAUCUGAAACUCCAUCACACUGACUUACUGCUGCUGCCACGGUCUGCGUCGGCCGGUGGUGAGGGUCGGACACACACACACACACACACACACACACACACACACACACACACACACACACACACACACACACACACACACGUUAACGACACUGUGGUAUUCGGAUACGUGUGAAACUCAAAGACUGAGGUGUUUCUCUUUUUCCGAGAUAACGCUUUGUUUUGUUUUUUUCUUGCUGAAGAAAGUUUCUGGAAGCCCCUCUAAACUCUGCCAAACAUCGCUUGUGUUUUUCAUCUACACUUGAUUUUCUUUUUUUUUUUCCAGAAACGUAUGCACGCAUUUUUUCUCUCCUAUAUUUAGAAUAACUGUUGGAUUUGUGCUUCGUACCCACGCACAGUCCCCCACAAGCGUCCAUCCACGUGUGUAUAGCGAAACACGUGACGUUCGUUCUGGCCAAUUGUUGCUAAAGUUUAGUUCAAAAUUCCUCGUCUGUUCUUUUGGUAACAUUUUCAGCAGCUCCCGCAAAAUCUUAACGUACACUUUAAUUUUGGUUUGCUUGAUUCUCUGCAACACCCUAUUCAUGAUCGCGACGGCCACGCAAUGGCCAAAACUAUUUAAUAGUGUUGUAGUUUAAUAGAGGAAUGAUUCUAUGAGAUAAAGCUUAAUAUAUAUCUAAAUAUAUCUUUUUAUAUUGGUUUGGGUUGUAAAAGAGUUGUUUUCCCCUCAGUAGUUAAUGGACUUAAUUCUAAACUGUGUACAGAAUAUGUAAAUAUACAUAGAGGUUUUUUUGUUUUUUUUUGAUUGAACCAAUUCCGUGCUGGAUCAUGUUCUUCCCUGUUCCUCUUUAUCUAAAAGUCAGGAUCCACAUACAGUAACUUUCUGGCUCUACAUUGAAUUACUCAUUAUAUUUAUUGGGAAGAAUUCAAAGCAGCUGGUGUGCUGUGUGAAGUAAGUGCUGCUGCCAGUAUUCUAGUUUGACUAUUAGAGUGGGGGAAAAGGGCAUUUUGUGUCAAAGUGUGUUGACAGGAUGUUCCUUCAG